AUGUCCAGCCCGACGUCACCAGUCCCGAUGACGACCUCGACGCGGAGUCUAUCAUUCGGCUCCUUUGCGAGCCACCAAAAACCGAUCAAGUAUGGCAAGGGUCGACAUUCAGACGUUGAGCUGGUUCCGCAGCCCAGCGACGACCCAGAAGAUCCGCUGAAUUGGCCCCGGUGGCGAAAAGACGUGAACCUCGUGUCCCUCCUGAUGACUGUGGGGUUAGUAGGAGGCAUGAAAACUGCAUUCAUAACCACAGGCGGCACUAUGGCUGUACACUACAACGUCUCCUUCACGUCAAUAGCGGCACUGACCGCGGUCCCCAUGAUCCUCUCCACCUUCACCGGGUUGAUCAGCGUGGUGGCCGCAAAGUUUUGGGGCAAGAGGCCAAUGUAUCUGGCUUCGAUGGUGCUCCUGUUCAUCGGCUCGAUCUGGAACAUGACGGCAGGCGACAGCUACGGUUCGUGCAUGGGUGCUCGGGUCGUUCAGGGCCUCGGCUGGGGUGCGUUUGAUACGCUCGUGAUGGGCUCGAUUCAAGACACGUACUACGAGCACGAACGGAACCUCCCGGUAUCAUUAUACAACAUCUUUUGCAUAGCGACAACGUGGGGAUCGCCGCUCUUUGGAGGCCUGGCAUCCCAAAAUGCUGGCUCAUUCACCGCCCAGUUCCGCAUCAUCAACUCGUUCCACGCUCUGGCCAUUCCUCUUCUUGCAUUUGGAGCCCCGGAAACCGCCUUUGACAGAUCUUGGUCGGCUGCCGUUCCGCCAUCGCCUGUGCCCUGGUACGGGGCUCCACCGCCCUGGCGCCCGUGGCGUCUGCGGCAUCGGCUGAACAAGGACACUGUCAUUCAAUACAUCAGGAGCAUGAAACCGGUAUCCUUCGAGGGCGCGUUGACGCUGCCUACCAUGCUCCAAGUUCCGCGAGCUCUCAUUGCCCCCACAACCUGCCUUUUGUUUCUUCUUUCCUUCAUCCCUUACGGCACGCUGUGGGGAAUUACCCUCUCCCUCACCUUGCUCACAACGCCGGCGCCCCUGUCUCUGAGUUCCACAACAGUCGGAACGCUCAUGGCUGGACCCUGGAUCUUUGCUACCGCUAUCGUUGCUGGGUUCUGCUUUUAUCGAGGACUGCAUCAAAAGUUCAAUGGUAACAUCAGCUACACCACUGUUGCGGCAGGCACUCUGCUCAUUUUUGUCGGCCUGCUCACGUUCGGACUGGGUCUGGACAACUUUAUGGCGCAAGACGCAUCUGGAUCUGUCAGGGUCUUUUUCGCCGCCGACACUGCCGGCCAGAUAAGCCUACCGUUGAUUUCGUUUCAACUUGGCGCUCUGGCGGGCGGCUUCUACGUUAUUGACACAGCCACGCGACCUCUUCUGGCGCGAUCCGCCUCUUUCACAUCAUCAAGCAUCAUCGUUGCCCAGCGCAGCAUUGGAGACAUGCACACCAGCGUCAUCCUGCUGCGGAACUUUGCAGCGGGGGUCAUAGUCCUCGCCAUGCCCAGCGCCAUCUCGGCAGUGCACGGUCUCAAGGCCGCCGUUAUUGGCUUCAGCGUCACCCAGAUGCUCCUUGCCGCCGCCGUUGUCACACUAUGGCGACUGCUCGACGAGAGCAUAUGGAGGGCAGACGGCAAAAUUAUGGGCCUGGUCGACCUGCGGCUGUUGAAGCAGAGUGUGAGCUUCUUUGACCACGACUAA